AUGCCUUUUUCAUUUCAAAAUUUGCUCAAAUCCUUCAAACACCUCCUCCCCACCUCCCCAAAACACGCUUUCUCCAAAAGCGCCACCUUCCUAAAAGCGCUUUUAGCACUCACCCUCCUUUCCCUCUUUUCCCUCCCUUACUAUCUCACCCCCUUCCCCCUCACCAAAUGGCCACUCUACCGGCAAGAACGGGCCCUCGUCGGGCCCGGGCCCGACAAAACCAACAUUUCCCACAUCCUCUUCGGAAUCGGUGGCUCCGUCGCCACAUGGUCCCACCGCCGCCGCUACUCCGAACUCUGGUGGGAACCGAACGCGACCCGCGGCUUCGUCUGGCUCGACGAGGCCCCGAGCCCCGAAAACGGGCUCGAGCCCUGGCCCGAAUCAUCCCCCAAAUUCAAAGUCUCGUCCAACACGGCCCGUUUCAAGUACACGUGCCCGUACGGGCACCGGUCAGCUGUUCGAGUGGCUCGAAUUGUGAAGGAGAGCUUCGAGCUCGGGCAGGCGGACGUGAGGUGGUUCGUGAUGGGCGAUGACGACACGGUUUUUUUCCCCGAGAAUUUGGCGAGCGUUUUGGGAAAAUACGAUCACGAGAGGAUGUAUUAUAUCGGGAGCGUCUCGGAAAGCGUGGAGCAAGACGUGGUGCACUCGUACACUAUGGGCUACGGAGGGGCGGGCUUCGCGGUCAGCUAUGCGCUGGCCGCGGAGCUCGUUCGGGUGCUCGACGGGUGCAUUGACCGGUAUUCGAAUUUUUACGGGUCGGAUCAAAAGGUCGGUGGAUGUGUUAGUGAGAUUGGGGUGCCAUUGUCUAAGGAACUUGGAUUUCAUCAGUCAGUCGAAAAGCUCUUCACCGCCUACAAAUCCGACCCUGCCCAAACCCUACAACACACUUUCUGCUACGACACGACCCGAAACUGGUCCAUAUCCGUCUCGUGGGGCUACACCGUGCAAUUGUACCCAUUUUACGAGACCGCGAAGAAUUUGAGCACACCACUACAAACAUUUUCGACAUGGGCUUGGAACGACGGCCCGUUCACGUUCGAUGUCCGGCCCAUCGAGCUGGGCCCGUGUGGAAAGCCCGUGAUAUAUUAUUUCGAGGGUGUUGAUAAGUUUGGGAAUGGGAGUACGAUGACUCGGUACAACUAUAUAGAUGAGGGGAAAAAAUGCGAGUGGGAAAGUUAUAAGGCUGCUUAUUUGAUUGAGGGGUUUAAUGUCACUGUGGACUUGCUUGAUCCUCACAUAUGGAGCCAGAUGCCAAAUUCACCUGAGAACUCCAUCACCAAAGACCCUCUAAAACCUUGGAAACAUUUCAUCUCAUCACCGUCCAAACUCGCCGUCAUCCGGCCCAACCUCACCGGAGCCCUCUUCUCCGUCGCCAUCUUCACUGCCCUAUCCUUUUACUACUUCCUCCCCAUCCGCCAAUCGAUCUACGGCCACGGCCAGCCCGCAAUCCACUUAUCCGACGGCCCGAAUGACGACGACGAGGCCAUCGCAACAAACCUAACGCACAUCCUCUUCAACAUCGGCGGCUCGGCCCAAACGUGGGCCCAACGCCGCCGCUACUCCGAGCUCUGGUGGGCCCCCGGCCGAACCCGCGGGUUCGUAUGGCUCGAUCGGGCCCCCAAAGCCGGGCCCGGGCCCGAUGGGCCCAGCCCGCCAUACUUGAUCUCGGCGAACACGUCCCAUCUCAAGUACACGUGCAGGUAUGGGUCGAGGUCGGCCGUGCGGAUUGCACAUAUCGUGAAGGAUGCGUUCGGGCUCGGGCUCGAGGGCGUGCGGUGGUUCGUGAUGGGGGACGACGACACCGUGUUCUUCCCGGAGAAUCUCGUGGCCGUGCUCGGGAAGUACGACCACAGGGAGAUGUACUACGUCGGGGGAAUCUCGGAGAGCGUGUCGCAGGUGAGGGUGCACUCGUACGAGAUGGCAUUUGGAGGUGGGGGCUUCGCAGUCAGCUACGCGCUGGCGGCGGAGCUUGUCCGAGUCCUCGAUGGGUGCAUCGACCGGUACUCGGAGUCGUACGGGUCGGAUAGUAAGAUCGGCGCGUGUGUGAAUGAGAUUGGUGUGCCGGUCACGAAGGAACUCGGGUUUCAUCAGAUGGAUAUCUGGGGCAAUCCGUUCGGACUUCUAUCCGCUCACCCGCUAGCGCCCUUAGUUUCCUUGCACCAUCUCGACAACGUGGACCCCCUAUUUCCGAACACGAGCCGGGUCGAUUCCGCCAAGAAGCUAAUCGGGGCGUACAAAUCCGACCCGAGCCGAGUGUUGCAAUACACUUUCUGCUACGAUCUGACCCGAAAUUGGUCCAUAUCGGUCGCGUGGGGAUACAACGUGCAACUGUACCCGUUUUGGGUCAGACCUAAAGAGCUCAGCACCCCGUUGCAGACUUUUAUACCGUGGGCCAAGAAUAAUGGCCCGUUCACUUUCAAUACCCGCAAGUACAACCUCGACCCAUGCAAAAGGCCCAUCGUGUUUUAUUUUGAUCGGGUCAAGAAAUUCGAGAAUGGGAGUACAGUGACAUCGUAUGCAAGGGCGGCGGCCGACGAGCAUCGAAAGAAAUGUGACAAGGAGAGUUAUAGGGCGGCCUAUUUGGUUAAGGGGUUCAAUGUGUUUGCAAGCCAUUUUGAUCCUCAAUUGUGGAACAAGGCACCAAGGAGACAGAUUUGCGAGUUAACGAGCGGCUCUUAUGAGAAAGUCAACGUUGUAAAUCUCAGAAUCAGAGGAUACAAUCGGCUAGAGACGGUGUUGCCGAAAAUCAGAAACGCAGAGAUAAUUGAAAAUUGGGAGCUCGAAAUCGUCCCUCAUCGGUACAAAUACCAAGAGCUCAAAAAAGCCACCAGAAGCUUCAAAGACAGCGAACUCCUCGGCUCCGGCGGCUUUGGUCGGGUCUACAAAGGCACCUUACCCAACUCAAAGACCCAAAUCGCCGUCAAGCGAAUCUCACACGACUCGAAACAAGGCGUUCGCGAAUUCCUCUCGGAAAUCUCCAGCAUCGGCCGGCUCCGUCACCGGAAUCUGGUUCAGCUGAUGGGCUGGUGCAGGCGUGGGGCAGACCUCCUCCUCGUUUACGAUUUCAUGCCUAACGGAAGCCUGGACCGAUUCUUAUUCGAAAUUGGGCCCGAGCCCAAUACCGAACGGGCCUUGAGCUGGGAACAGAGGUUCAGGAUCGUGAAAGUGGUUGCUUCGGGCCUACUAUACCUUCACGAAGGCUACGAACAAGUCGUGAUACACCGGGACGUGAAGGCUAGUAACGUGUUGUUGGAUAGCGAGAUGAAUGCUCGAUUAGGGGAUUUCGGGCUUGCGAAACUUUACGAUCACGGGUCAAACCCUGGGACGACUCGGGUCGUGGGGACUUUAGGUUACCUCGCGCCCGAGCUAACAAGGACGGGCCGGGCCACGACGGGCUCAGAUGUUUUCGUGUUUGGGGAGCUUUUGCUCGAGGUUGUAUGUGGGCGUAGGCCCAUUGAGCGUAAAUCCGGGCCCGAGGAUUUCGUAUUGGCCGAACAUGUGUGGAGCGAGUGGAAGGAAGGGAGGGUUAUGAGUGUGGUGGACCCGAGGAUGAAAGGUGGUGGGUUUGAUCGGGAUGAG